CGUCAUUCACAAUGGUUAUGCCUACAUCACCGAGCGCGAGGGUGCCAGUGAGCGCGGAUUCAAAAACAGAACCGAUGGCAAAGGUGGCGCAGAAGGGAUUCUUUUCGAGCCUUUUUUCGUGGUCACCCAAGAAGUCCACAAAAUGUGCGAUAGAGCAACCCGGCGCAACAGAGGCACUCUCGCAUACUCCCAGCGAGCCACUGGAACCCGCACAUGGUCUAUCACGGGUACAAUCCGUUCCACAGACAUUGACGCCGAGUCUAUCGCGAGUGCGAUCUGCUCCGCAGGCCUUAACGCCGAAUUUUCCUCAGAGCAAAGUUAACACUGUCCCUGAUGUUCCUCGAUUCAAGUCCAUCAAAGACAAUUUACAAGAACUUGGACUCACGACUCCUGUUGUCCUUAAGCAACCUCAAGUUGCGGGCAGUGAAGCAGUGCUGUCACAAUUAGACAGGACAUCAUCUCCUCGGGCGGACAUGUUCUUCCAACACUCGCUAUCACACAAUACGAGUCCCACCUCGUCUAAGCCAAGGCACGAAUCGUCUCGAGGGAACGCACUUGUGGCAACAGAUCAUGCUAUUAACAUCGAGCUGCCAGUUCUAAACAUCACCUCCGCCAAUGUACACUUCGCUCCAUUACCUCCCUCAGCAACGGCUCAGGCUAAUCAUGCGGAUCCAGUCGAGAAGAUCCCCACUCCCGCAUCUACUGCUCCUGAUGAAGCUCCGAUGUUUGUCCAAGGUGGCAGUAGCACUUCAAAUAGAGAGCCACCUAUUCCAUCGUCUCCAUCGGUAGCAAGUCGCUUUUCUACUUCACAGUCAAACCAGAGUCACACCCCUUCAUCUACUCGUCCAAAAAGGCCUCGGACAGCCCCCGGCGGCUCAAACGAGCUGAGCAAGCGACCUUCUGUUACCUCCGGGAGCCCUCAGCGUCAUGCAAACAGGGAGCCAGCUUCCAUUUUUCCUGUAGACGAGGGAUUCUUUGGUCGUCCCAAGCUACCCCCACCACUCAAGGUCAUCCCGAAGAAGGUCAAAAGGCAUCAGCGAACACAAACUUUCGUUCCUUCUCCCUCACCUACAACCGUGACUCACGAACAAUCUCUUACGCGAGCGGCAUCCGCACGCUCCCACAAAACACAUCAGACGGCAGCUCGGCUAGCGUCUGUCAGUGAGCCGGCAACAUUGUUCCCCAUACCCAACGUUUUGACGUCUGACAAAUCUGCGCACCUCAAUCGGAAAUCCUCUCUCACACAUAGCAGCAGAUCAGUGGGCCCCAGUUCACCUCCGCUCUCGUUAGACGAUGAGUUUGAACUCCCACCACUAUCACCCUUACAGACGCAAGCGCCUGACGAGUGCUCGUUAUCACGAAUCAACACGCGAACAACGGUUGCUUCACAUCAGACGCAGUUACCAGCCACCCCAGCCCCCAAAUUACCCUCUGCGAAAUGGGCGUGGAGUCCUCCUUCAAGCUGGGUGGGUCCUUCUUCGGCUGUUUCCUCCGAAAGCGGGGAUAGUCCGCACAGUAGCAAGAAGGCGUUCUCGAUAAUUCGCUUACGCAGACCGAAGAGUUCAUCUCGGUCUGUUGCUUCGAUAUCCAAGUCUCUCUACACACAUAGAAACACCUCAUCACCGACCCUCACAAUGUCCGCAACAAAACUUGGAAAGGGGCGUAUGCCUCCGAUGUUACAAGACAAGAAUGACAGCAGCGGUGUCAUUGUCAAAAUGCAGAGUCACGAAGGGGAUUGGGAGGCGGCGGCGUUCCAGGAUGUCAUUCCUCGCCUGAGGGAAAUGAAGAACUCCGCUCUAUCGAAUUAGAAAGUAGGUCAAAGCAAGAUGAAA